AUGGAGCUCGUUGACGCUGACUCAUGGUGGUUUACAGAGGACUCUAUAAGCUCAAUCCGAAUGGCUGAACAAUCUUUGACUCUAUCGUCGUCUACUUCACUAGUUGUUGCUCCGGUGGGCUUCCGGCCAAAUUCAAUUUUUCUUGGCUUUCAAUUGGAAAUGGACCAACUCGCUCAGAAACUGGCAAACCAGAAGCGACGGGCAUUAGGGACGUGCGCGGUUUUGCUCUGGGGUCCGCCCGGCUGUGGGAAAAGUCAGAUUGCACGAGAAUAUCUGUGGCAGCACCAGAGUGAAUAUCCUGCCGGCUGUUUCUGGGUCGACUCGAAGACCAAAGAAUCACGCUCAAAGAGUUUCUGGGACAUCGCUCAAGCUGUCGCGAUACUUGGAAAAGACGAACCCCGAGACCCUGGGUGGGAUGAAUCAUCCAGGUUUGUCGACACGGUACGGAAAUGGUUCGAAGCCCGAGAAGGCUGGCUGCUCAUAUUUGACGGGGUGACAACGGACAAUGACGAGGACAUUGAAGCGUUUGUCUCUUAUAUUCCUGAUCGCUCGGGCAACAACAUCAUCUACACAUCGGUGGAUCGAACGCUGGCCAAGCGGCAGAGAUUACUCAACCCGGCAGGCGUCAAGGUGUUCCCAUUGUCACAGCAUGAUGCGUGUGCCCUCCUCUACAAGAACCUGGGAAUUAAAUCACCAACAGAGAUGCAGGCCAAAAAGGCGACACAAUUGGUAAAGCAUUACGAAUGUCUACCGCUUGCUGUCCAUGCCGCCGCCCACGCUUUGAUUGCAAGAGGGACAUCGCUGGAGAAGUUCAGUCCCGGAACUUCAGAUCAUCGGCUUGCGGAUCCCUAUCUCGAUAUUGUCUCAGCGCUGAGAGAGCAUUCGCAUCCCGAGGCAGUGAAUCUGGCUACGCUGCUCAGUUUUUUUGCGCACGUGAUACCCGUAGCUCUCCUUCGCUUUGGACAGCCUGUUUUGCAGGAAUUUGGGAUUGAGAUUCGUUCGAUUGAACGGAUUGGAAGCCUCAAGAAAGAGCUAGACAACACAAUCGCCGUUCUUAUACGGUACGGCCUGGUCGAGCGGACCUUACUUGAAUACUGUGUUACGCCAGCAAAAACCUCCUUCUCGCCGGAAGAAUCUAGGCGGACGCGAGGUAAUACUAUCGACACCGUUGGUACAACGGGCACCACCGUCGAAACAGAACGAAACAAACCAAGGCUGCUCAAGGAUGACUCUAGCAGUCUCGAAGGAAUGAUUGUACCUCGUUCAGACAGCAGAUUGGAUGAAUCAUCUUCCCAGUCGAUAACCUACAGCAUUGACAUUCUUCGCAUUCACAGCGUUGUGCAAAACGUACUCCGAGACGAACUGAAAUUUCGAUAUGCAGAUCAACCAGCACAUUACUGGUGGUGGCUCUGCGUCGCUUCAAAAAUGCUGUGCCACUCUUAUGUGGUCGCAGAUGGCAAAAUCAAAAGCACUGAGGGACGAGGUCUUGUCCGUGACUAUCGUGACUAUGAGACGCAGGCGGCUCGGCUGUGGUCACACUUCCCCAAAUCGUCUGCCGACGCCUCGCCGACGCUGCGCAAGACACGGCACAGUCUUCACGAAACCAUCCGAUCGAUCAAGAAGGAAAUUCAGAGUCAAUCCCCCUCACAAUCGGUCGACAGUCUUCAUCAUCGAGUGCAAUUCUCCGUAUUUGAGCGAGCCAGCAGCACAUCUUCAGACAGUCCUGGUACCCAGAGCAGUGCUUUGACCAGGACAUCUACCUGGACUCCCGAACAUGCCGACGAUCAGACUGAGUCGCCAAUCCAGAUGCACCUGGGGUUGGAUUUGGAUGAUGGAGGGUCUGAGGGGAGCUGGACGGAUAGGUGGUCGCAAUCUGGGAUGGACAACUCUAGGGUCUUGAUCCCUAGCACGAACCGAAGUCGACGCCCGAGCAAUUCGGACAUGUAUGUGACGACGCCUACGGAAGCGAGUUUCGGCACUGCCCGUCAUUCUUCGGUUCUACAGGCAAUAUUUCAAGGGCGGCCCUCCCAGUCCAAAAAACCAAAGGACCUUGGAGAGUGGAAGUCCAUACCAAUUCCACCCACUUUGUCCCACGAACAGGCGCAGAUCCACUCCAGAGCCUCAUCUUUUACUAGCGGCAGCGACGACCGGACUACGAGGCCGACUUCGACUGGGUCUGAAGCAUCGGGGGCUCUGGCAGCGAUUCACCGGGCGAGUCCUCCACCCACAAGAGGAGGGAGGAUAAAAUCACCUACGCGUCUCCAAUGUACCAGGCCAACGUCAGACGAAGGACGUCUGCCACUGUCCGCCAAAUCUCCGAAUCAGAAACUGUCACCCUUGACCACUGAAUUUCUACCCAGUCGGUCUCUUCCCACCUACGAUUCAUCAGAUCUUGCUCGAAGGCACAGCAGGCAUCCCUCGUCCUCGCCCCGACUGAUGCAGACGGCAUUGAACAAUCACGCAGCAACAAAGAUUGUCCCUUCAAUUCCGGUGGAUGAGAAUAUUUCCCUGUCGCGUCGUUCUGAAUUUUCCGACAUGCAGCCUCAUCCGAGGCAAGAGGUUGGCGGCUGGCUUUCUGCGAAGCCCGUUCCUACAGGCUACAGCUCACAGCCUAUGUCACGCGAUACAUCUAAGGAAUCACACACGUCACAUGCAACGGCGCCGCCAGCAGUGCCCGGGUCGGCGUCACUAGGCACGUCCCCGCAAAUCCGCGAGCCUUAUCUGUACAGCAGACCUGGCUUGGCUUCCAUUGACGUGGCUGCAGCAAACCUGUGGGAUGACGAGCUGGCUGUCACCGGUGAUUUAGAUCAAACCUCCCCAUUCGCGUCUGGUGCGUCAUUCGACGGCGGCGACAUCUUCGAGAGGCAUUACGAAAGACUAGGCAGGAGUGUCCAAUUUGGCCAGAUGUCUCCAGUGGAGCUUGAGAGAGCACGAGCGCGUGUCUCAUUAGCUCGUGGCCGGAGUGUGGAUGGACGGUUGGAGAAACACAUCAACGAAAGAGGCGUCCCAGGAGAAACAGGAUCUGAUUGUUUCAACGCAUAG